AUGGCCUCUUCCCUUGUCCUGGUUGCAGCGUUUCUGCGCGCCGCAGUUGCGACCAUCACCGUCAACGACCCGUCCGACACCAUCCUCCCCAAAGACUGGGCAGCCGAUGAUGCGAUCCUGGCCGAUUACGACAUUCCCUUCAUUUCAAGCCAGCCUCGGGACUUGGCCACGGCCUACUCUUUCAAAAAGGGCAGCAAGUUGGUGGAGCAUAAAGAAUUCUCAACGGACAAGAAUGACACUUGUGUCGUUGUCGUGUCGAAGGGUGCUCAUCUCACGGCCUCUCAUGUCGACAUUGUCAAGUCUGGCUACUCUAGCAACCUCAACGAGGCCAGUUUCUACGGCUUUAAUGCGGCUCUUAAUGUAGCCAACGACUCCUCUGCUACUCUGGAGCAUGUGAACAUCACCGUCCACAAUGGUGCUGCCAAUGUCUACGCUUAUGGCACAGGCACUGUUGUCAAGCUGAACCACGCCUGGCUCUACUCCAGCGGACCCGUCUCUCACGGACUUUAUGCUUCGGGCAACGGAACCAUCAUCGGCCGCAACAUCAAGCACUUCUCAGGCGGCACCCGCUCCUCGGCCUUCUCCGGAGACUCCCCCGCUGGAUACGUCUACGUCUACGACUCUGUCUCUCACACCGCCGGUGUUGGCUCUGCUACCUACUAUGCCCUGGGAACGAUCUACGCCGAGAAUGUCAUCUCGCACUCCGACAACGGCCCUGUCGUCUUCAGCGAUGGUGCCCAGAACGCUACUCUUGUCAACUGUGAUGCCACUGCUGGUCUGCUCGGAGGAGUUGCCAUGUUCAGCUCGUCGGUCCGUCUCUCCGGCGCAAAGCUUAAGCUGAAGGAUUCCAAGAUCACCACCCUCGGCAAGACCAUGCCUGGUCUGUGGUUCGGCAACCUUAUCGCCGAUGUUUUGAUCGACAACAGCCAGAUCAACCAUACUUCUGGUGUCUUGGUUUCCGCCAACUAUUCUCAGAUCACCCAGGAAUUCAACCAUUAUGCCGACUACACGGAGAACAGCAACUUGCAGCCUGCUGAGGUGACUGUCAAGGUUGUCGAUUCUGCCUUGACUGGUGACCUCGUCGCGUACAACGGCAGCUCCAUCUCCUGGACUCUGAAGUCGUACAGCUCCUGGACCGGCGCCGCCUACUCCGGAUACGGAGCUGCCUCGUUCGACGUCGCUCUCGACCGCACCAGCAACUGGACCAUGACUAAGUCCACCACCGUCCAGAACCUCACCGACACUGACAGCACUCUGUCGAACAUCCACAGCAACGGGCAUACUCUCUACUACAACGCUAGCGCUACCAAGAGCCGCUGGCUUAAGGGACGCACCAUCAAGCUGAGUGGAGGUGGCCAUGCUAAGCCCAUUUCUAAGUAG